CGCGUCGUCGUACAGCAUUCCUAUGCUAUAUUCUUGUCUACUGGAAUAGUGAAUCAGCAGCCAUGCUCAUUUGUUUUGCAUCUUAUCUUCUGUAUGACAUUCUUUGUCUCAACUGUCCUAGUCACAGACAGUUUCAUAUAUCGCUAUUUGCAAGUGUGCAAGGUACAACUUUUCUACAAACUUUCAACAAAGAAGACUACGUUAGUGGGAGUCUUCCUCAACACGUUCUUCUUAUUGAACGCCGCUGCUGUUAUCUAUAUAGCGUUUUGGCCUGAUAAAAAUUUUGCUAGCUUUGUUAGCAACACUGUGGAAAUUCCUGGAGUUCAUAUGAAUGAGGCAACAUUUUUUGGUUUUUCCGCUAUGUACGGCAUGGGCGCCUCUCAUAUUGCGCUGAUUAUUGAAUUGGUGCUUGUUUUGGUUUUUAUGGCCACUAUCAAUAUAUAUUGUGCAAGAAAGGUUAAAAUCUUUCUUAAAAACACUGCACGUUGCACAAGUUUUUUGACGCUGCAGCGCCAAAUGUUUAUCCUACUACUUGUCCAG